AUGCAACCAGCAUUCGACUACUCCAAUGGGUCAUCAGGGAGCGUCUAUGACGUUGUCCAUGCACCCAAUGUAAGGGACAAGGAGCAAGACGCCCAGGCCCUCCAGGAGUUGCAACGGGGGUUCCUCUCCUUGGGUCUCAACGAUGACCCUCCCGUGGAAGAGGACGAGGAGCUGGCCGGUGACCAUUACGAGGUCGAGGCUAUCGUAGGUCACCGAGGGCCUAGGCAUCGUCGUGAGUACCUGGUGAAGUGGGCUGGUUACCCUGAGAGUAACAACAGCUGGCUUACGGCUGACAGGUUCGACAGUCCACAGAUGGUAGUCGAGUACAAUUCCUCUGUUACCCGUCCCUCGGUCACACAUAUAACAACCAUGUCUACGUCUAAGAUUUUUGCUGACCACCCAGAGUACCUGAGCGAUGUAUACGGCGUGAACUACACCCGCUUAGGGCCAAAGAUGUCGGGCUGGGGUACUACCAGUGCUCCCUUCUGCGAUAGUCUUAUGCUGUGGUGCGCAACCCACUGGCCAUUAGCAAGGAAGUCCACGGAGAUUGGCAUGGCUCUUAGCACCAUUCGUGCAUGUUUAGCCCGCGUACUGGACACCAACCAGUACAAGGUUUUCCACCUCGGUAGCGGGCGUUGUAAGGACUUCGACGUGCUGGACAAGGACACUCACGAGGAGAAGCGCACGGAACUAGGAGAAGACGGGUACGAGCCUGCAUAUAUAGCGGUGCGGGUAGCCUUUGAGAACGUUGGCCUACUAGACGUACUCUCCAAGCUCCCCAAGAUUUUACGUGUGCUAAGGAUGGCCUGUAUUGUACUCCAUGACCUGGACAUCGCCGUGGACUGCACCUACAUCUCUAACCGCCAGCACAUCCAGGAGUUCCUCUUUUCUUAA